UCUAGGGUUCUACAAAUUUACCGAAAAUUUACCGGAUUUUUUUAAAAAAGUUCGAGGAAUGGACCAACUAAAAAGAAAACAAAGUAAGGAAUCUGGAGAAGAACAAUCUGAAGGACAAAGUCCAGAAGAAACAAUUGCAGAAAAGUUGAAAGUGAUAAAAUGGAAGAAACUGAAAGAGAGAAAAAAGCGAAAGCAGAAAACUGAAGAUGAAGAAGAAUCAAGUGAAGAUGAGGAAGGAACAACUGGAGAUGAAGAAGAAUCUGAUGAAGAACAAGUCCGGCGUAACAAGACGAAGAAGGAUAAAAAGAAGAAAACUGGAAAGCAGAAAAGAAGAAAACCGGAAGGAACUGAAGAUGAAGAACAAUCUAAUGAAGAACAAGUCCGCAGUAAGAAGAAGAAUGAGAUUAAAAAGGAGAAAAGAAGAGAAAGGGAAGAAAAUGAAGAUGAAGAAGAAGUUCGUGCAAAGAAGAAGAAGAAAAUGGAUAAAAGGAAGACCAAAAAAGAGAGUACAAAGAAGAAGGAAGAAACUGACGAGGAAGAAGAUACAAAGGAUGAUGAAGAGGAAAAAGUCCCAGGGAAAAGGAAAAGAUAUGUAAAAGAGGGUUAUGUGCAGUAUCGCUGCACAAUGCUUGCUUUUCUUAAAACAAUUGCAGAAAACAAAAAUAACCUGACUGAAGGUACUUUAGAGCUGCUGCAGAAAACACCCUUUGCAACGCUGAUAGAUGCAUUCCAUGGAGGUUCAAUUAAAGAAAAGGAUGCAAAGAAAUCAGAUGAUUUAAUCACACUUCUGCUACAAGCAUACAACAGUGACACAGACCUUUUUGUGUUUGGGAACAGGAAAUUCAGAAUGUCAACAAGUGAUAUAUCUAUGAUUUUAGGAGUGCCGGCAUCCGGGUUAUCAGUACCAAAGACCAAAGAAGGGGCAUACAAAUCUGAGUUCGUGACUAAAUACUUUGACAAAAAGCAGAGGAUCAACAAGGCGGCUGCAGAGGAAGCUUUGAAGAAGGCAUUGGCAGAAACUCCAGAAACAGGGGAUGAAAAAACGAAACGGGACAGAAAUGUUGCCGUAUUAGUACUCUUGAACCUUUUCAUCAAACUCCUGUUCCCAAACUCUGGAGGAACAAUAUCUUGGGACUAUAUAAGAGUAUGUGAAGAGGUGGAAAGUCUGGGAAAAUAUAGCUGGGCAAAGGAAGUUGGCGACUUCCUUAAAAAAUCAAUUAAACGAAAGGCAAAAGAAUCCCAAAACAUGGCAGGUUGCGUGAUAUUGGUGAUGGUAACUGGCUAG